GAUUUACGCGAAACGUUCGCAUGACCCUCCGCAAACGUCCCGAGGAAAAAAGAAAGGAAUGACAAUUUAUGGAACCGCUGCCGGUUCCUGGCACUAGUCUGUCUACCAUGGAUCAAGAGAUCCUAGGUUACCCGUUCAGCCCCCCGCGCACGCACAUGUGUAUGCGAAAUGCUCGCAAGACGUGCUAUAUUUAUAGCUAGAGAUAAAUAUACACCCUGGCUAGUCUCCAAAUUACCAUACGUACGGGCCCGAGUUCGAGUAACGGCCUAACCCCCGUAAUAGAAGCAUCGUGUCAGUGGUGUUAGUGACGUCUAUCGACGGUUUGCGAAAGUCGCGGUCUAUAAAGAAAAUUAAAAAAAAAAAAAAAAAGAAGAAGAAGAAAGACCACCGUGCGAUGUAAACCGUUUUAAGCGUUGCACGCGCGCUGAUCGUUGUCGAUAGAAGGAACGUUUUCGAAUAGUGUAUCAAUCGUAUCGUCGAUCGGUCGUCUGGUUCGACUGAUAUGAGAUCGACGGUUUCAACCUGUUCCCUCGGAAUGGAAGGCUCUUAACGACUGUUUCGGGAUAAAUUUAAUCGCGACAGCCUGCUGCGUUUGGAUUACCAUCGAUCAAGUUCCCUCGAGUCGCUAUCUAUUAAAACUGAGAAGAUCCCGGCGACGUAUCGACGUGCAUCCUUGCGAGAUAUGCCAAACGUCGGAAAUCUUUCCGGAUUUUCGAUCGUCGACCCUUUUAAUUUCCCACGUAUCGUUUAUGGUGAAUGCAUCAUAUGUACUCGUCGAAGAAAGGAGACCCCCUCUGCCCCCUUGGCUUUCACCCCCAAGUCCGAUGGCCCACACGCUGCAAACGAUGCUUCAGGGAUUACAAAGAGCACGGGGGUAAGAAGGACAGCUUGAGGGACAUCACAUCGUCCACCCCUAGUCUUUCCUUCGAACAGUCAUCGGGACGCUCGUCAGAAAAUGGAAGAAGAGUGUGGUCGUCCGCCACGAAUUUGGCCAAGGAUGAUUUUAAGGGCAGCUCGGAUGCGCCAACGGCAUCAGCUGGAUGGACGUCGCUCAUGGAUCUCUCCGCCAUCGACAAGGAAGAAGAAAGAUUGGAAUCCAGGAGACCGUCAAAAUUGCAGAUCAAGGAAGUGAUAGACAACAGCAACCACCGAGCCUCAGAGAACGACGUCGAGUUCAUAAUUCAGGUGAAGAAAUCGCGGACCGGUCCUCCGAAAAAUGCUCUUCAGAGUGAGGAUCACCGGAUGGAAGGGGAAACGCCUGAGAAAAGCGAAGUGGAAAGGUUGAAAGUACAAGUGACCGAACUGCAAGCGCGAUGCGAGAAAGCAGAGAAGGAGAAGAGCGAGAUCUUGAUGAGACGAUUAGCGACCAUGGAAACCAUAUCUAGCAAAAGCUCGUCCAACGAGGUGCAGAAGCUACAGAAGAAGAACGAAGCGCUCGCGCAAGAGAAGACCAGUCUGUUGACGAAAAUCAGAGAGCUAGAGAAAGAAGUGAAUAUAAAAACAUUCAGAGGGGAAAGAGACAGAGAGAAGGACGAGCUUCGUUCAAAGUUGAAAGCCGCGGAAAAUCUGUGCGAGAACCUGAUGGACGAGAACGAAGACAUGAAGAAAGAGAUCAGGCAAUUAGAAGAAGAGAUAUACGAAUUGCAGGACACCUUCAGGGAUGAGCAAGCGGACGAGUACGUCCGUCUGCGAAAAAGUUUGGAACAGUCGAAUAAAAAUUGUCGAAUUUUAUCGUUCAAGCUGAGGAAAGUCGAGCGAAAGGUGGAGGAGUUGGAGACUGAAAAAACGACUAUAGAGAAGAAGUACGAAGAGGUGAAAAAAGUCGACGAAUCGUUGAAGAAGAUUAAAAAUGAAUUCCAAAACAGGGCUCAGAAGAAGACGAGCGAAUUCACGACCAAAGUACAACUAAAGAAACUGGUGGACGAAAUGGAGAAGGAAAUAGGCGACAUGAUGGCCGUUUUCGUAAACGUUUCUGACGGCAAAGAGAUGGAUAUUGACAUGAAAUCCAAGGAAUACGCGAAAUACGAUAAACUCUUGAAGGAACACGAUCUGCUCAAGGAAAAACUCGACGUUGUGAUGAAAGAAUUGGCGGAUGAAAAGGAAAAAAAGAAAACGCCUUUCGGCGCCAAGGCAGAUGACAAAAAUACAGAUCUACAAAACAUAAAAAGGAAAUUAGACGAUGCCGUGACCAUGAGGGAAACCGAACGAAAGGCAUGGGACGAAGAGAAAACGGCCCUGUUGGAGGAAAAGGAAAAAUUAAAGUCGAAACUCUUAUCCCUAUCCGCGGAGAAACUGAAAGUCUACAACGAAGUCGUUCAACUGAAGAAAGACUUGGAAACGGCGAAAUCAUCGGAGAAGGAAGGCGCCAAGAUGGAGAAGACGAUAAACGACCUGAAGAAGGAUUUGUCGCAGGAACGAGACAGGUGCAAGAAGCUGCAAGACGAUCUGUCGGCGUACACGGAACGGGAGUCGAAAAUGACACAGUCGAUGUCCUCCGUCGAGCAAUCGAAAACGAAACUCGACGCAGAGGUGAAACGCUUGAAGAAAGAGCUGGAGAGCACCAAAUCCUCCAAUUCCACGAAGAUCAGCGAUCUGACGACGGAAAUCACGGACCUGAAGAAAGAGAAGGAGAAACUAGUGUCUCAAAUCGAUCAAGAGAAACAAUCGAAGGAGACCGAAGUGGCCACUUUGAAGAAGAAGAUCAGCUCGUUAGAGAAGACUGGAUUGAAUUCGAAGCGAAUGAAUGAGCUGAGGCAAACGUACAACGAGAAGAUCUUGAUGUCCUACGUUACAGAUUUGGAGAACGAGCUGAAGAGGGGCCAGCAGGAGUACGACAAUCUGAGUGGGAAGUGCAACGAACUCGGUAAUCUAAAUAAACAAUUCGAGUUGGACAACGAAGCUCUCAAUAGCAAACUGAGGGAACAGAACACGGAGCUCAUGAGCAUUCGCAAGGAACUGGAAUCGUUGCGCCAGUCCAUCAAACUGAAAGAGAGCGAGUGGAAGUCGGAGAAGGCUGCUUUAGAAAACCGAGUGAAAGAGAGCGAGUUGCCAAACAAGGCUCUGAUAACAGACCUGAACAAUGACAUCAGUAACUUGAAGAAGGAGAACAAUACCUUGGUGACGCGAUUGGAAGACAUAAGGAAGGCUAAUGACGAUCUCUCGGACAAGUUGAAGGACUACGAGGCCGUGUCCAAGAUCCAUCAAGCUCUGACGCCGGACACUACUGCCCUGGAGACGGAGAUACGGAAGCUGAAGAGCGCCCUGGAGAACAUGGAGAAGGCGAAGAAAGCGGACCUGGCUCAGUGCAAGAUGCGAUACGAGCACAGGAUCACCGCCAUCACCGACGAAAUCCAAGCUAUUCAGAACCAACUGUCCAGGUACAAGCGCGAACGCGACACGUACAAGCACAUGUUGGAAGGCGCCCAGAAAACCAUCGCGGAGUUGAAGUCUGCUAGGGGUAGACAGUCGAGCAUGUCUUUGGCAAAGUCUGACGAGGAGGAGGAAGUGUCUAGCACCAGCGCGAUAGUCCUCGAAAGGCAGAUCGUCAACUUGGAGGACGAGCUUUCAGAGUCAAGAUUAGAGGUUUCCAGACUUAAAGCAGAACUCGUCUCUGAAAAAUCAGCCAGUCACGUUAAGGUGUCCGAGCUCCAAUCGCGGAUCAACGAGCUGGAAGAGGAACGAAUGCUGACGAGUGGUAGAACGAAGAUUCCAGGGCUGAAAGUUCGCAUGGAGUUGGCUUGGCAGAAGGAGAGGGAGGAACACCAGAGGCUGUUGCAAGAAACCGCAACGCUCGCGAGAGACCUACGACAAACUCUAUUCGAAAUCGAGAGAGAACGUUCCAAGGAACGGCUGGAGACCAAGAGGCGGCAAGACCAGUUGAAGAAGGUGUACGACGAAGAGAAGGAAGAGAGCAAGAAGAAAUUGCUGGAGUUGCAAUGCGAUCUGCUCGAGCUGAGGGAUGCCCACGCGAAGCUGAGGACCAGCAACGAGAAGAUGAGACGGGAGAAGGAGCGGCACGAAAAAGAGCGGGAAGAGCUCAGGGACGCGAUCAUGAAGAAAUCCAAGCAGGAACAAAACGAGUUGCGAAAUAUCAACACGUUGCUGCAACAAGUCAACGACUUGACGAAACUUUUCCCUGAAUUAAACGGCAUAGCUGAGAAUGGAACUUCGAACGUUUACACGCCGACGCCACCUAGACGAUUGAAGGGACCAAAGUCGAGGGAAUCGUCGCCAAUGCUGGACUCGAAGGGAGAUAUAAGAGGUUCGAACACGCAAUUGGCUGAGAGGACGGAAAAGCUGGAGUACACCAUUAAGAACCUAAUGGACGUGGCAAAGAAAUUGAAGGAAUCAAAGAAGGCAGCUGACGAGGCUAACGUGACACGGAUGAAGAAACUUGGUAAAAGAUCGACGUCAGUGGAGAGCGAUCCAGGAAAGGGUAUAACAUCGAGCCGCUCUAAACCACGUCUGCAAAGGAAGAGUCUGUCUUUGGAACAGACAUCGCCGCGAAACGACGAUUCGCAACGCAUUUGGGGCACCGAUAGCAACAUGUCCAGUUUGCAGUCGUUAGAAGGUUCAGAAAUUGGCGGAAGAACGCUUAGCUUGCAGAGAGAUUCCAGCGUGGAUAGCCGCCUUUCUACUGGUUCCACGAAAAGCGAGAUGCUGGAACGAGAGAAGAAGCACGGGAAAGGGAUAAUAAAAAAACUCACGACUAAAUUGACUAAAUCUGCCAGCGUGGAUGAUCCGAACGUUUCCAUGGACCUUUCCCUUCAGACUUCAGGAUCCGAGACGAGCAUCAGCGAAAAGACUGAAAAGAGAAAUCUGAAAAAGAAGUUAACAGACAUGUUUAAAAGAGGUUCCAGGAGCAACAGCGUGGAGAAGAAGCUUAACUCUACGAAUCACAGCAGACCACCUUCGAGGAACUCUACGACGUCGAACAAGUAACUUGACAACGUAAUUAUCGUUUAAGCGUACAACAGCGACAAGUGACGCUACAGUGAAAUAAAGGGGAUUGCUCAAUUACGCGUAGAGCAUAUACAAAAAGAUAACUAUAUUCUUGUACAUAUCGGAUGUGCCUUUACCGAUUGUAAUUUAUAGACUUGCCAUUGUAAUUACAGAUUUGCACAAGCAUUUCCAAGUACUUCAUUAAAUGUAAAAAAACCGCGCUAUACGACGCUGUAAAAAAAAAAGAAACGUGCAACAAAUAAACAGCACACUUGUUUCCAUUA